GCCGGGUGCGGGGGGUCCGGGGAUCUUCCUGAGGCCCUGGCGGGGCGAGUUUCCAGCAGCGCGCGUCUGUGUGGAGUCCGUUUUGCUGCCCGGGGCCUGGGGAAGGCCGUUUCGGGGCUGGCGGGGGCAGGCUUUACGGGGCAUCCCUAGUCUGAGAGGAGGGCGGGGCCCAACGCCCAGCUGGACUGGAGCUGCUCCGACGGCCCCUGAGGGAACGCGCGCCCCGCCCCUGGCCCCACCUCUCCCCCACACCGGGCACUGGGCCGCCACCUUUGUUGAUGGAAGAGAGAAACUGAGGCAUAGUGCCCAGGGCCAGGGGACCGCAACCACCCGGCCCUUGUCACUGUAGCGUUAAGGCCCAGAGUCUGCGCAGCAGACAUGUGUCCGCACCCGCCAGGCCUUCAGCUUCCCUCAGACAGAGCAGGGCCAGCCGUUCCUGCCAGAAGCCAGGGCAUGACCCCUGGGGUGCGCGUCUCCACAGACCCGGAGCAAGUGACAUUUGAGGACGUGGUAGUGGACUUCAGCCAGGAGGAGUGGGGGCAGCUGAAGCCUGCCCAGAGGACCCUGUACCAUGAUGUAAUACUGGACACCUUCAGGCUUCUGGUCUCUGUGGAGAGGCUUCUCUGGAGGCGACAAGACAACUGCCUGGGGUGCCUUUCCUGUGACCAAGACCAGCAGAAAAGACAGGGACAUUGGUUACCGAAGCCGAAUGUCAUCUCCCUGCUGGAGCAAGAGGCAGAGCUGUGGGCGGUGGACUCUGGACUUCCCCAAGGCGUGUACCCAGAGAUUAAGGGACAUUUCCAGUUUUUGCUUCUUUCAGACUUGGAAACUAGACCCAAAGUCAAACUGUCAGUUCUAAAGCAAGGCAUCUCUGAAGAAAUAUCCAACAAUGUCAUCUUGGUAGAAAGAUUCCUGUGGGAUGGUCUGUGGUACUGCAGGGGUGAGGACACUGAGGGCCACUGGGAAUGGAGUUGUGAGAGUCUAGAGAGCCUGGCAGUGCCGGUGGCCUUCACGCCUGUGAAGACGCCUGUUCAGGAGCAGUGGCAGAGGAAUGGGUUUGGGGAAAACAUAAGUCUGAACCCUGAUCUCCCACAUCAACCAAUGACUCCUGAAAGACAAGGUCCCCACACAUGGGGAACACGUGGAAAAAGGGAGAAGCCAGACCUAAAUGUUUUACAGAAAACCUGUGUAAAAGAGAAACCCUACAAAUGUCAGGAGUGCGGAAAGGCCUUUAGUCACAGCUCAGCACUUACUGAACACCACCGGAUGCACACAGGAGAGAGACCUUACGAAUGUCACGAAUGUGGAAAAGGCUUCCGGAACAGCUCGGCACUUACCAAACACCAGAGAAUCCAUACUGGGGAGAAACCCUAUAAAUGCACUCAGUGUGGGAGGACCUUCAACCAAAUUGCCCCACUGAUCCAGCACCAGAGAACUCACACAGGCGAGAAGCCCUAUGAAUGCAGCGAAUGUGGGAAAUCCUUCAGUUUUAGGUCCUCCUUCAGCCAGCACGAGCGAACUCACACAGGCGAGAAGCCCUACGAGUGCAGUGAGUGCGGGAAAGCCUUCCGGCAAAGCAUCCACCUCACCCAGCAUCUGCGAAUCCACACUGGGGAGAAACCCUAUCAGUGCGGUGAGUGUGGCAAGGCCUUCAGCCACAGCUCGUCCUUGACCAAACACCAGCGAAUCCACACAGGGGAGAAGCCCUAUGAGUGCCAUGAGUGUGGAAAAGCCUUCACCCAGAUCACACCACUGAUUCAGCACCAGAGGACCCACACAGGAGAAAAGCCCUAUGAGUGCAGUGAGUGUGGGAAAGCCUUCAGUCAGAGCACACUCCUGACCGAGCAUCGGAGGAUUCACACGGGAGAGAAGCCCUACGGAUGCAACGAGUGUGGGAAAACCUUCAGCCACAGCUCCUCACUCAGCCAGCAUGAGCGGACACACACAGGAGAGAAGCCCUAUGAGUGCAGUCAGUGUGGGAAGGCCUUCCGGCAGAGCACACACCUCACCCAACACCAGCGAAUCCACACAGGGGAGAAGCCCUAUGAAUGCAAUGACUGCGGCAAGGCAUUCAGUCACAGCUCAUCCCUCACCAAACAUCAGCGAAUCCACACUGGGGAGAAGCCCUACGAAUGCAACCAGUGUGGCAGAGCCUUCAGCCAGCUUGCUCCCCUCAUUCAGCAUCAGAGGAUCCACACAGGAGAGAAACCCUAUGAAUGUAACCAGUGUGGCAGAGCCUUCAGCCAGAGCUCCCUUCUCAUCGAACACCAGAGGAUUCACACCAAGGAAAAGCCAUAUGGGUGCAAUGAGUGUGGGAAAUCCUUCAGCCACAGCUCCUCGCUCAGCCAGCACGAAAGGACGCACACUGGGGAAAAGCCCUAUGAGUGUCACGAUUGCGGAAAGUCCUUUAGGCAGAGCACCCACCUCACUCAGCACCGGAGGAUCCACACAGGAGAGAAACCAUAUGCAUGCAGGGACUGUGGAAAGGCCUUUACACACAGCUCCUCCCUUACCAAGCACCAGAGAACUCACACUGGAUAAACCCACUCCACAUGUGCUGGGGACAUAGGAAGACCUUAAGCCAUAGCUCAUCCCUUUCUAGAUUUGACCCAAUCAUGCACAUGAGAAACGUACAUUCAUACACAAGCCUUUUCACACAGCACUCCCCUCAGACACCCUCAGAGAGUUCACACUGAUGGGAAAUGACCAUGGGACCACCAAGCUCUAGGUCAUCCAUCCCUGCAUCCAAAUAGUAGGGAAAUGUGGAGAUAAUCAACACUCAGGACCUUCAGCCUCAAACGCCCAUUAGUGCUAUGUUAUAGAACCUACAAAAAAGAAAUGGGACAAGUGUAGUGGAUCCAGGGAACGCUUUUGUCCAAGGAUUCACUGUAUUCCAAACCAGAGAUGUUCAAAUUGGUGAGAAACCCAACAAAUGCCUUUCAUAUAUACGAGAACCAAAUGAAGUCAGAAUUUGCCAUUAUUGCACGUUACAUUUUUGGGGGGGGAAAGUACUUAUGAAUGGUGCAGGUUGACUCUGAUAUUCAUUCCCAAAUGACAAUAUGGCAGAGUGUUCCAGAAAUGAGAGUGGCAUCUUUAUGGAAUCACUAUGGAUACUGACUGUCUCAGUAAACAGCUGUCUUGUUUGUGUGUAUAUUGUUUGAUCAGGGUACGUGGCAGCCAGUCACAGAUUGAAAUUCCAUAUGACAAAGUAUCAGUGUACUAUAAACAGGUUUUUAGUUAUCCCUGCAUUAUUUUUGCAAUUAAUCUUUAUAUGCAAUGAGAUUGAAAAGCUUUGUAUGGGAAGACUCAAAAUGUAAAGCUGCUUCCGUAGAGUCUCACUGAUUCUGAGAUGGCUUUUGCUGCUCUGUUCUCCCUCUACGUUUCUCUGCAGAACUCGCGUUAGAAACACAGAUAUUUGUUUUACAAAAAGGGAGAUUUUCCCUUUGUUAAACCAUCGUCUUAUAAGCAAUAGCAAAUUCAUGUUAGAAACUUCUGUUUUGCAAGAUUCAUCUUUUUUGGGAAAUGUUCAAGUUAAUCCUCUCAAACUGCUUUUUCAUUGUUUUCAUACAAUUUAACAUUUUGUUAAACCCUAAGUCCACAAAUAGCAGUCCUUCUGACAACUAUAACCUUUAAAUGGUGACUUGCUGCCCUCAUUAGAAAUUGCAUUGGCUGGCCAGGCGCGGUGACUUAUGCCUGUAAUCCCAGCACUUUGGGAGGCCAAGGUGGGAGGAUCACCUGAGGUCAGGAGAUGGAGGUUGCAGUGAGCUGAGAUCAUACCAUUGCACUCCAGCCUGGGCAACAAGAGUGAAACUCUGUCUCAGAAAAAAAAAAAAAAAGAAAUUGCAUUGGCUGUUUUUGGUUAUUAGCUGUUAGUUGUGGUUACAUCCAUCAAUUUGAUUUUUCUAAUCCCAAUGCUGGGAUAUAAAUUUCCAGUUACUUGAAAUUUCUCUCUUGGGGAGACCAUGUUGCAGAUAGUCUUCCAAUAUUGCUUCUCAGUAUGAUUGUGGAGUGCCUCUUGGGAUAAAUGCCUUUGUCAUUUACAAGCCACCGGAGAGCCAGGCAUGGCUGCACCUGCCUCUAGUCCCAGCUGCUUGGGAGGUUGAGGCAGGAGGAUCACUUGAACCCAGGAGUUCUGGGCUGUAGUGUGCUCUACUGAUUGGGUGUCCACACUAAGUUCGGCAUCAAUAUGAUGACCUCCUGGGAGCAGAUGACCACCAGCUUGCCUAUGUAGGGGUGAACCAGAGCAGGUCAAAACUCCCAUGCUGGUAGGGCUCACAUCUGUAAUCCCAGCACUUUGGGAGGCCAAGGCGGGCAGAUCACCUGAGGUCAGGAGUUCAGGACCAGCCUGGCCAACAUGGUGACACCCCGUCUCUACUGAAAAUACAAAAUUAGCUGGGCACGGUGGUGCGUGCUUGUAAUCUCAGCAAUUUUGGAGGCUGAGGCAGGAGAAUCACUUGAGCCUGGGAGGCGGAGGUUACAGUGAGCCUAGAUUGUGCCAAUGUACUCCAGCCUAUGUGACAAGAGUGAAACUCAACCUCAAAAAAAAAAAAAAAAACUCCCAUGCUGAUCAUUAGUAGGAUCGUGCCUAUGAAUAGCCACUGUGCUCCAGCCUGGGCAACACGGCGAGACACCAUCUCUAAAAAAUAAAAGCCACUGGAGAAAGCCAGGGUACACAGUGCAUAGCAGCACUGUCUCAUUGAAACAAUGCAAGUCAUAUAAAUAACUUUAAAUAUUCUGGUAGCCCCAUUUAAAAAACAAGAAGAGGCCCAGGCACAGUGGCUCAUGCCUGUAAUCCCAGCACUUUGGGAGGCUGAGGUGGGCAGAUCAGUUGAGGCCAGCCUGCCCAACAUGGCGAAACCAUGUCUGUGCUAAAAAUACAAAAAUUAGCUGGGUGCAGUGGCAUGCACCUGUAAUCCCAGCUACUCAGGAGGCUGAGGCACGAGAAUUGCUUGAGUUUGGGAGGCGUCAGUGAGCCAAGAUUGCACCACUGCACUCUAGCCUGGGUGACAGAGCAAGACUGUCUCAAAAAGAAAGAAAACGCAAGAAGAAACAGGUGAAACUAACACUUACUCCUAUAUAUCUCAAAUGUUAGGAGUUUAACAUGUCAAUAUGAAAAAUUAUUGAGAUAUUUGCAUUCUUUCUGUUACGUGACAUCUUCAGAAUCUAGUGUGCAUCUUUUUUUUUUUUUUUUUUUGAGACGGAGCCUCCCUCU